CUGACCCCUUCAGAAAAACUUCACGAGUUGUCGAUGUGACGCACCAAUCAUUUUGCGACAGUUUGACCUUCAAGUGCUCGCAACCUCCUUCGGUGGACGACACCCCUGAAGUGUUGCAUUUUUACCGUGCCGGACGCCACCUGAUGGAGUUGAGUCCCAGUGAGUUUUCAGAUUAUUCGGUACUGCAGGACAAAGAAAAUAUUGCUGUAUGCAAUAAGCCGAAAUCAGAGCUCAUGAAUGAAAAGAUUAUCAAACAAUGUGAAUUCUAUUUCUCGGAUGCAAAUAUUCUAAAAGACCAAUUCCUUCUAAACCUAGUCAAGUCAUCAAAGGAGGGAUGGGUGGAUCUCUCUGUAAUUGCAGGUUUUAAAAAACUCCAGUCUUUGACGACGGACCUUAGUAUCAUUCGUCAGUCACUGGCAGCUUCAACCAAAAUUGAGGUGUCAGAAGAUGGGAACACAAUUCGACGCAUUGAUCCUUUGCCCGUAUGGGAUAAAUCCGUUUACUACCGUACCAUCAUAUUGUCGGAAUUCCCAGAAAAUUCGAACGUCACAGUGGAAAGUAUUCAGGAGUUCUUCACGAUAAAUGGCCAUCCUCCAUCUUUAGUGCGCGUUCUGUUUCCAAACCGCAAGAUACCAUCUGAUCUUAAACGUUCACAAAUACUACAUAAUCAACUCGGCGUCAAAAUCUGCGCUGUUGUUGAAUUCCCUAAUCGACCUGAUGCAUUAAAAGCAAUUAAUUUAUCUCGUUCUCACUGGGGGAAAAUAUAUGCAUACCUUUUGUGUCAUGGCAAUAAAAAACUGAAUAAAAACCAACCUGAACAUAAGACUGUCCCUAAUACCACCAAUUCCAAGGGUGUUGCUGAUGACAAAGUUGAACCCAUUCGCAAACCACUUCUACGUCGUCUGGAUUGCCUUAGCAACAAUGGCAUUCAUGUGUCUCACGUACGAGAGCCAAUAGGUCCACCAACUGAAGAAAGUGCUGGUUUUUUGCCUGGUUGGCGUGAAUUACUCCGGUUGCAGCGAAUGCUGAUUCGUGACGGAGCUGAAGUGAAUAAGUCUUCAGAAGCUGAACUUCAGCAAUUGGAUAAUGCGAUUGUUUGUAUAGACUCCGGUGCAGUUUGCGCCUCUUAGAAAACAACCAGUCACAUAUAACAGAAGUAUGUCAAUUUUUCGGUGAUAAAUGCAUCCUUCAUGAUCAUCUAUAUUUCACUUGAACCACUCAUAUCUCUCCAUUUUUGCUAUAUAUAUAUAUAUAUAUACCAGAUUCAGAAUACAACAAAAUUCUCUUGUCUAACACUGGUGACACAUUCCUAUUUUACAAUAGAUAUUUCUGUAGUUAGACAAACGACAUUGUUUCAUCAAACUAUUUCAGAAUAAUUGUUUCAAUUCUUUUUUUAAAAGUUGCCUGUAAUUUGAGAUAUCAAUAGAUGUAUCUUCAAAGUAAUAUGACAAUUAUACAGUGUAAAAUAAAGCAUAAUCAUAUGAUGCAUGAAUACCGGAAAAUUCGUUUGUGAGAUCUUUCAUUGCUUCUCUGAUAUAUCAUCUCUCAAAAAGACACUUGUUGACGGUUUAGUUCUGCUCUACAAGACGACAUCCAAACAAUACGUCCCAGAAACUUGAAUACCAACAUAUUUUGCUAUCGUUCCAUGAUACGAUGGCAGAUUUUCUCUGAGUUUGUUAUCGGUGCCUAGUGUGUGAAGAUUUAGUGUACUAUGUGUAGACUGUAUUCAUGAUACGUAGUGUGUCUAGACGUCUUCACAUGUUUGUUUUAUGUGUUUGUGUCAUCAGACUAAUUCUGUUGUUCUGUGUUAUUUAACCUAUUCGUUGCUGUCAACGAUAGUACUUGUAAGGUAAUAUGGACAAAGAUUUCAGCAGAAUAGCAUGAAUUCAUUUUAUUUCGUUUGGUCGUCGUCAGCUGCUUACAACCUGUGACAUUUAAAAAUUAUAAUUGCAUACAUGGAAGAGUUUAGUUGGAAGUUACUUUGAAGACACGACAGUAUAGUAUAGCAAGGGUGUAAAUGAAUUCAAUAGACUGAAUAGAAUACUGUUGUUAGCGGAAUAUAAAUUGAAUUAAAGCACAUUCCGUGCAAGAUUAUGUCGGGGCACGCUGAUUAGUUAUUUCUUGACCAAUCAGUGCUAGUGGACACUUGAAGACUCUAGAAAAACCAUAAAUAUUCUAAAGUUUUUCUUAUUGUAAGUCCUACUUCCAUCUAC